AUGACUCGGAUAAAUUACUGGGCUUCAUAUUAUAUGCCAUUGAUACUUUCUUCGAAGCCGCAUGCUAGCGUGAUUACGACCUUGAAUUUGUUUGCAGUAAUAAUAAUCGCAUAUUUAGGCUCGCAGCUUUUCUUUGCACAGUAUAAUGACCCAUCGAUGUUCAGGCCCAAUUCGCAGGACUACUUUCGCACAUCGCUGUUGGGAUUUUUAUCACCAAUACUAUUAUGCUUCUUUAAGACGUUCAUUCUGAAUUUGACUUCUACGUCGAGUUUUUCAUUUUUGAAUAUGCUGGUUGACUAUCCUUUCAGCGAUUGGUUUAUGCUUUUGAUUGUGGUUUCUUUGGCGUACCCUCAGCAGGAAGUGCAUGAGGAACUUGGUGGUGACCAUGACAAUGAUCUGGUGUGGCAUAUUAUUCCAAAGCAAAGUUACAUCUUUGGUCUUUCUUGGGCUUUGAGUGAGAUUGCGCUUACUAUUUUAUUGGCUGUAAGUUUAUUUGAAGAAACAACUGAUAGCGAGUAUAAUGCGACAAAGGCAUACGAGAGUAAAUAUUUGCUUGAUUGUUUGCAAAAGGAAGAGCUUGCGUCGAUGAGAAAGACUAUUUCUCUGUCCAAGUGUGUGGAUGUUAGGCGCCAAUCAUCAAAAAUCUCCGACAAUAUAUACCAGGCAAAUAUAAAUCGUACCUCUGGAAUUACGGAACUUGGCUAUGGUACCUUCCCCCAUGGUGUCAAUGCGGAUGAUCAAGACGAGGAAGAGGAUGUUGUUGUUGUUGCAUUUUCUACGGAUAGCAUGAAUUUCCUCAAGGACCUCGAAGGAUGUAAUCGCAUGCGGAUCAACGAUCCUAAUUUUAAAACUAUGUAUAAUCCGCUUGGCAACGCUUCUGAUACUAUGUUUUUCAGUAAAAUACAUUCCUGGAAGUUCUUUUGGCAGAAAGUACUCAUAGCGGAUGUGAUUAUUUUGUGUCACUUACUUGAUACUAUAGGACAAGCGUUGAUUAGCUCCAUAUAUUUCAUCUACGUCCCUGGGCAUGACAAGCUCUUCACGAAACCUGUUAUUUAUUUCGGAGAAAGGCGCUUUCUCCUCUUCCUUCUAGUGGUAGUUGGCCCGUUGUCAACAGCUAAUUUCUUAUACCACUCUUUCCUAUUCUUUUGGAAGGAUGAGCCGAUGGAAGAGCCCCAUGAGAGCUCACUAUCAAGACGUGAAUCACAUAUGAAAUCCACGCUGUCUUCCCCUAACCCGACAAAUCUUUACAUGGUCUCCUCAGACCCAGAUACGUUUCUUGUGGUGGAUUCAACUUACACUCAAAAUUCACUCAAUGAAACCGAUGAAGUUAACAGGAUUUUGGCCCUAUCCAGGAAUAUAAUCCACCGCUGGAGGCUUUUGGCAUCUAACCGUUGGUUCCUUGUCAGUGGAACAGCCUUAUGGUCCACUCUUAUUUUCCUAACGGGAGUAUUGACAACCAACAAGCAAUUGAUUAUGUCGUAA